CAUUGUUUUGCAGAUAAAAAAUUCCUACUGUUUUAUAUCUUGAUUGAUAAACGAAGUGUAUGUAUUUUAAACGUAAUCUGAAACGUUUUAUGAGAUGAAUUUUCGUUACGAGAAUGGCUGAAAUUAACACAUAGCAACAUAAAUAGAAUAAGUCGUGAAUUUUUCAAAAUUAAAGAGAUUAGAGCGUUGCAAAUUAUAUUUGAGACAAAUGUGCAAACGUGGUCUUUAACGAAUGAAUUGGAAACACGCCCCACUAAGAAUUACAAGUAGAUUCACUUUGAUCGUGUUCGGAGAAAGACAUUGGUAGAAAAUACGUUUAUGAACUCGUGUGUCGCUCAAUGGAAAACCUGAACAUUUUAAUGGACAACGUCAAAUUUGAGCUCCACGUGCCGUAAGAUGAAACUUAUAUUGUACCUGGGGGUUCUGGUGCUACCGACCGUCCACUGCAUGGCGUGGCUGUCACUGCACCAUCUGAGCCACCGCAGCUGGGGCGACGCCGACCAUCAAUGCAGAGCGGCGCGCGCGAGAGGCGCCCUCAACUGGGACCAAACUCUGCUCUGCCGGACGAGGCCAGGAUUGCUGUCAGCCAUCGUGACGGCAGCCAGCACGACCGUCAGUUCCUGUCAGCGCCUCUUCCGCCACUCCCGCUGGAACUGCUCGUCUGUGGCUCUUGCUCCCAAUUUUUCAGCGGAUCUCACAUUAGGCACGCGGGAACAGGCAGUGGUUCACGCCCUGGGCUCAGCUGCUCUUGUGUGGACCGUGGCGAGGGCCUGUCGCCAGGGGGCGGUGAUGGAGUGUGGUUGCGGAGCGCUGCCCACGGAGCCGCCAAAUGGUCGCUUCCAGUGGGGUGGUUGCGGCGACAACAUCCUAUACGCUUAUUCCUUCAAUAAAGAGUUCUUCAAACCGAGGAAAAAAUCUUAUCAGAGAGAGAGACUUGGGGUGGCAGUUGGCGAUCAUUCCCGCGGCCUCGACGUGCAAAGAAUUACUCGUCGACACAGAAAGAAUGAACGACGGAAAGAAGCUCGCAGGAGAAGAGAAAAGAAGCGGCGAAUAUCCAAAGAAUUGAGCAGAAGCAGGAGGAUAAAGAAGAGGGCUGUGAAAAAGAUGGAUCGCCACAAUCGACGCGUCGGAAGAAAGGCAACGAGUGUCGGGCUGUCCACGAGCUGUAAGUGUCAUGGCGUCUCAGGGUCUUGCGCUCUCAAGACCUGCUGGAAAGUCCUCGCCAGCUUCAACAAAGUGAGCGGCCGUCUGCUGCGACGCUACUCGUCAGCCGUGGCUGUACGGCCCGUGAAGGUCGUGAGCAAACUGCGCCUGCUUCCCGUGUCUGCUGGGGGAGUGUCGAGCUACUCCCGUGACGACCUCCUGUACGUCGCCAGCAGUCCCGACUACUGCACUCCCCAGCCACAGCUCGGCUCGCUCGGCACUCAUGGCAGGAAAUGCAACGCGUCGUCAGUGGAAUCGGACAGCUGCGAGCUGCUGUGCUGCGGCCGCGGCCACACUGCCAGCCUGUACCUGCUGAAGCAGCCGUGCGCCUGUCGCUACCAUUGGUGCUGUCACGUUACCUGUGAUACUUGCUCUUCGUGGAAGACUCAGCAUUAUUGUCUGUAGAAAUCAACAUUAUUGUCUGUAGAACUCAGCGUUAUUGUCUGUAGAACUCAGCGUUAUUGUCUGUAGAACUCAACAUUAUUGUCUGUAGAACUCAGCAUUAUUGUCUGCAGAACUCAACAUUAUUGUCUGUAGAACUCAACAUUAUUGCCUGUAGAACUCAACAUUAUUGUCUGUAAACUCAACAUUAUUGCCUGUAGAACUCAACAUUAUUGUCUGUAAACUCAACAUUGUUGUCUGUAGAACUCAACAUUAUUGUCUGUAGAACUCACGAGACAACUUUGUGAUUAAUCAGUUUUAGGGUCUUUUCUCGCCACUCACCCGCUGGACUCAGCGUUUGCUCAUCAUGGACAAAAUAUAUUUUGUGGUGGCUUGUGAUUUCUCUCCAAGAACUUGUAAGAGUUCUCUUCAAGGCAUUCGUGAGUUAUCUCCAAUGCAUUUGAAA